CGCAGCAGGCAGCGGUGCGGCACUAUGUAGCAGCAGCAGUGGAGCUUCUGUCUGGGACUAUAGCGAGAGAAAAACGCGCCUUGGGUUGUAAAUAUUAGUAAGGGGAUUAAAAUUAAAACUACCCGAGGAUGAGACACACGUCGUCCGUCUGAAGGAGACUAAAACACGCUGUUAUUCCGCUAAUUUACCACCUUUUUUAAACGAAAAUGGCGAACGACUCUCCGGCUAAAAGUCUGGUGGACAUAGACCUGGCAUCCCUGAGGGAUCCUGCUGGGAUUUUCGAGCUGGUGGAAGUGGUCGGAAAUGGUACAUAUGGACAAGUCUACAAGGGUCGACAUGUUAAGACGGGACAGCUGGCGGCCAUCAAGGUCAUGGACGUCACCGAGGAUGAAGAGGAGGAAAUUAAGUUGGAAAUCAACAUGCUGAAGAAGUACUCCCAUCACAGAAACAUAGCCACCUACUACGGAGCCUUCAUCAAGAAAAGUCCACCAGGCCAUGAUGACCAGCUCUGGCUGGUGAUGGAGUUCUGUGGUGCCGGCUCCAUCACAGAUCUGGUGAAGAACACCAAGGGCAACUCGCUGAAGGAAGACUGGAUCGCCUACAUCUCCCGAGAGAUCCUCAGGGGAUUAGCUCACCUGCAUGCUCAUCAUGUCAUUCACCGCGACAUCAAAGGACAAAACGUGCUGCUGACUGAAAACGCUGAAGUCAAGCUGGUGGACUUUGGUGUUAGCGCUCAGCUGGACCGGACGGUAGGUCGAAGAAACACCUUCAUCGGGACGCCAUACUGGAUGGCUCCAGAGGUCAUCGCGUGUGACGAAAACCCUGAUGCUACCUACGAUUACAGGAGUGAUCUGUGGUCCUGUGGAAUCACAGCCAUUGAAAUGGCUGAGGGAGCUCCUCCUCUGUGUGACAUGCAUCCAAUGAGAGCCCUCUUCCUCAUUCCCAGAAACCCACCUCCUCGACUCAAGUCCAAAAAGUGGUCAAAGAAGUUCUUCAGCUUCAUUGAGAGUUGCCUUGUGAAGAAUUACACCCAGCGCCCUCCCACUGAGCAGCUGCUGAAACACCCCUUCAUUCGGGACCAGCCCAAUGAGAGGCAGGUCCGCAUCCAGCUCAAAGACCACAUCGACCGAACCAAGAAGAAGAGGGGCGAGAAAGAUGAGACAGAGUAUGAAUACAGUGGCAGUGAAGAAGAGGAGGAAGAGUCAUCUGAGCAAGAAGGAGAGCCAAGUUCCAUAGUCAACGUGCCGGGGGAGUCGACCCUGCGUCGUGACUUCAUACGUCUGCAGCAGGAGAACAAGGAGCGUUCGGAGGCCCUUCGCCGCCAACAGCUCCUCCAGGAGCAGCAGCUCCGUGAGCAGGAGGAGUACAAGCGCCAGCUGCUGGCUGAGAGGCAGAAACGUAUCGAGCAGCAGAAGGAGCAGCGGAGACGGCUGGAGGAGCAACAACGACGUGAGCGCGAGAUGAGGAGGCAGCAGGAGCGUGAGCAGCGCCGGCGCGAGCAGGAGGAGAAGAGGCGCGUCGAAGAGAUGGAACGGCGCCGCAAAGAAGAGGAGGAGCGCAGGAGGGCCGAGGAGGAAAAGAGGAGGGCCGACCGCGAGCAGGAGUAUAUACGUCGACAGCUGGAGGAGGAGCAGAGGCACCUGGAGAUCCUGCAACAGCAGCUCCUCCAUGAACAGGCCAUGCUUCUGGAGUACAAAUGGCGGGAGCUUGAGGAGCAGCGGCAAGCUCAGAAACUCCAGAGGCAGCUGCAGCAGGAGCAGGCCUACCUGCUGUCGCUUCAGCAAAACCAGAACUUGGACAGUAGCAAAACAGCCCAGCAACAGACCCCCAAACCCCCACAGAACCCUGAACCCGACAGGGUAAAGCCUCUGCAAGCCCCUGAGCAGGAAACAACAAAACCACCACAGAACACUGACAGUGAGAAGACACGGCCCAGUCCAGCCUCCAGUCUGGAAAAAACUACAGAAAGCAGGCUACCAGUGGCUGACCUUCAAGGCCCCGCCCCUGACUCUGAGCCAGUCAGAGAGGCUGACGAGCGUUAUCGGAAGAACAUCCAGGGUUCUCCCCAGGCGGCUCAGACCAAACCACAGCAGCCUCCGGUGCCGCCGCGAUCUGAGUCUUCAUACCCCAAUGGGAACUCUGCUUCUGAGGCCAUGCACCGGCCUGUGGAACCACAGGUUCGUUCUCAUCUGGCUGCUUUAAAGAGCAGCAUCAGCGUGGCCUCAUCAAACUCCACUGCCACUCCGCCUGUUGUGUCGCGAUCGCACUCCUUCACAGAGCCGCUUACCCCUAGCUUUGAAAAUCUCCACCUUCAAAACAGCCACGAAUCCCGCCAUCACCUUCCAUCAUCAUCAUCACCCCUAUCAUCCUCAUCAUCAACGCCUGCUCGCACUGACCCACACCCCCAUCCCCAGCCUAGGCCCCAUGAACCAGCCCCUUCAGCGGAGGUCCCACCGAGGGUUCCUGUCAGGACUACAUCAAGGUCCCCAGUGUUGCCGAGGCGAGAUUCGCCUCAUCACCUUGGCAACGCCGUACACAACAGCCACGCAGCACAACACAAUGCUGCCAGUGCAGCGGAGCCUCGGCUGCUGUGGGAACGAGUGGAGAAACUGGUUCCCAGAACGACCAGUAAUACUGGCAGCGGAGGCUCCAGUUCCUCUAGCAGCUCCAGUAACUCCAGCUCUCAGCCCGGUUCUCACUGUGGCUCAGGAGAGAGGUUCAGGGCCCGCUCCUCUUCUAAAUCGGAGGGUUCACCCCUCCAGCGGCCAGAGAAUGCUGGGAAAAAACCAGAGGAGAGGAGGGACGUGCUCAGGCCGAACAGAUCAGCGGACCUGACGGCUCUGGCCAAAGAACUGCGUGCAGUGGAUGAUGUUCGCCCCCCAAAUAAGGUGACAGAUUACCCUUCAUCCUCCAGUGAAGAAUCGGACACCACUGACGAAGAUGACGACGAAGAGGUGGAUCAGGAGGCAGGUGAAGAGUCGACCUCUGGCCCGGAGGACUCCAGAGCUGUUUCUUCUCGGCUGAGUAACGGAGAAACGGAGUCUGUGAAAACCAUGAUCGUCCACGAAGAGGGCGAGAGUGACGCGGGCACAACGCCAUGCAAAGACAGCACGCUGAUUGUCAGACAGAGUGCAGGUGACAACAGAAAGCGUACGGGCCCUGGCCCAGGCCAAACGCAGACACCUGGCAUGCAUGCAGGCUUUGCCCCGAGCCCCGGCUCGGUGUCGCUCCAGGGCCUCGCUCACCACACCCCCAGCCCCCACCACCACCAUCAUCAUCACCAUCAUCACCCCAUACAGCAUUCGGACAGGAAUGGCUUUGCUGGUCGCAUCCACCAUCUCCCAGACUUGAUCCAGCAGAGCCACCAUUCCUCCCCCUCCUCCUCUGCAUCCAACUCCCCUUCCUCUUCCAGCCUUGCCAGUCCCUCGUCCAUGUCCCCACAGAGUCCCUUGGACAAGCUUGGCAUCCUCACAGAGAGCCAGUCUAGUAACAACAUGCAGAAGCACAAGUCUUCUUCCUCCUUCACUCCGUUCAUUGACCCACGACUUCUCCAGGUCUCUCCAUCCACCGGCAGUGCCCUCAACAAUGUCGGCUAUGGGAAUGAUGCCCGGCUGGCAGAGGCACUGAGAGCAGAUCCAUCCCGGAAGGGCUCCGUGGUCAACGUCAAUCCGGUCAACACCCGCCCUCAGAGUGACACCCCCGAGAUCCGCAAAUACAAGAAGAGGUUCAACUCUGAGAUUCUUUGUGCUGCGCUCUGGGGAGUGAACUUACUGGUGGGAACAGAAAGCGGCCUGAUGCUGUUGGAUCGCAGUGGUCAGGGGAAAGUUUACCCUCUGAUUAACCGCCGACGCUUCCAGCAGAUGGACGUCCUGGAAGGACUCAAUGUCUUGGUCACUAUAUCAGGUAAGAAGAACAAGCUCCGUGUAUACUACCUGUCCUGGCUGAGGAAUAAGAUUCUGCAUAAUGAUCCAGAGGUUGAGAAGAAACAAGGCUGGACAACUGUAGGAGACUUGGAGGGAUGCGUCCACUACAAAGUUGUGAAAUAUGAGAGGAUCAAAUUCUUGGUUCUGGCUCUGAAGAACUCUGUGGAGGUCUACGCUUGGGCACCCAAGCCCUACCACAAAUUCAUGGCCUUCAAGUCUUUUGGUGAUCUGGUGCAUAAGCCGCUGCUGGUUGACCUGACCGUGGAGGAAGGUCAGAGGUUAAAGGUAAUCUAUGGCUCGUGCUCAGGCUUUCACGCCGUGGAUGUCGACUCUGGGGCCGUUUACGACAUCUACCUGCCCACACACAUCCAGACGAGCAUCCAGUCUCACGCAAUCAUCAUUCUGCCUAACACUGAUGGCAUUGAACUGCUCGUGUGCUACGAGGACGAGGGUGUUUAUGUCAACACCUACGGACGCAUCACCAAGGACGUGGUGCUGCAGUGGGGGGAGAUGCCCACCUCAGUGGCCUACAUUCGGUCUAACCAAAUCAUGGGUUGGGGCGAGAAGGCCAUCGAGAUCCGCUCUGUGGAGACCGGUCACCUGGACGGCGUCUUCAUGCACAAGAGAGCUCAGCGACUCAAGUUCCUCUGUGAAAGAAAUGACAAGGUGUUUUUCGCCUCUGUACGUUCUGGAGGCUCCAGCCAGGUGUACUUCAUGACUCUGGGCCGAAGCAACCUGCUGAGCUGGUAGAGGUCCACGGCCUGCCCUCUUUCUCCUCCUUCUCCUCAUCUUCCUCAUUGUCCUCCCCCUCUCUCUAACACUGGAUCUCAGAAAACCACCAUUGAUGUCUUGUCAGCCCUCGGACAACCAAACGAGAACAAACACAGCAACCUACCAGCCGUCUGGAGCAGUCGACAGCAACGCCCUGUAGCUGCAGCCUUGCUGGGUCUGCCUGCGACGCAGAGACAGCCGGUCAAGUCGUCGGUCCCUUCCGUAAAAUCAGAAGCGACGGCAUAAUGAAAACAAAGGUUAAUAAAUGAAAGGAAGUAGUAAUACUGUAAAUGUGAAUUCAAGAAAAGGGAGGGGCAAGCAACGUUUUGUUUCCCUCUCAGUUUUCUUGGUGCUCAUCGGAUGCAUUGCGAUGGGAUAGAUUUUUGUACCUCUGCAUCCUUUCCCGGGUUGGUUAGUAAGCUUGAGGUCUUCUACUACUAUUGCUACCGCUAUUGUUCUUACUACCACUGCUACUACCUUCUGCAGGUCUGCCUCUUGUAAGGGAGUCCCCCCCUUUGCCCCAUGUUCCCACCAUCCGCCCCUUCUUGUGAGCGUGGGGCUGGUGGGGCUCUAGAGUGUGUUGUAUUAAUGCUACAGUAGUGUGUGUGUGUGUGUGUGUGUGUGUGUGUAAAUGUACUUCUGUUUGGUCCACCUACUGCUAACAUGCUGGUUUGUCCAAUGAGCUGGAGGCUCAGUGACAAGCAUGAGAAAGGGACCUAAUAUUGAAGGUUUUUACCACAAAGGUCAGGUCGACAGGACUCAAACAUGAGGGUGUGCGUGCGUGCGUGUGUGUGGUUGAAGUAUAGUGUUGUAUCGGACAGGCGCUUUAAAAAGAAGGGGAGGGCGGAGAGAGAGUUGGUGUAGGUGAUGGAUUUCAGAAUAGUAUUUUUUGAAUCAUUAUUAUUCCUUGAAGAUAAGUGUAACUAUGUGGAGUUAAACAUGUCUUUUACCUUGUUUUUUUAAUCAUUCACACACAUCCACCUACACAACUUGCUUGCUCUAAAACCACAGAAGUGUAAGGUGUGUCCGUAUGAAAAGAAUGCAAUGCGGGUGUGAUCCAAAAUAUUGAAUAAAGUGUCUAUGUACAAAUAAAGCUUUGGGAACUUUUGUCGUGUCGGACCGGCGGCGGGGAAGCAUGACGACCUGAUCUUAACUCGAGAAACUUGAACUGCUGUGAAUAAACAGAUAUAACGUGGAGAGAGGGGAAAAAAAUCGAGAGAUAAUGUAGAUGAGAAAGUUUAGUACGUGUAUGUGUGCGCGUGUGCCGUCAACAGUUCGGCAUCGCUUCGGCAAAUUUGGGUUUAAGUGGCAGAGAGGUAAACACGUGGUCGGCGGGUUUGUUUUGGCACAGGAGGCGGAGUUCCAUCUUCCAUUACAUGAUUUCGACUCAUUUCAUGCUUCAUUUAGAACAUUUGUAUGUAUUCAAUGCACUAAGUGUCAAGAAUGUAGAAAGACUUAUUACUGUGUGGUGGUCCAAGGCAUGAGAUGACGUUUUUGCUUUGUAUCUUGUCACGAGUGAUCAAUCCUAGGUGUUCGGUUUUGGAGUCGAAGCUGCGGCGGCGGCAGCAGAGCCUCUGCGUCAGAUGUACAUAUUUCGAUUCCGUAUUUGUUUCGCAGCCUUCGGCAAUCUGCGCGUCGAAGCUGAGGAGCGUUUCUCGCGGCUUUCCCGUUCGAACGAGAACACGCGCGCCUUUAUUGAUUCAGCACUCGGACUCUGGAUUUCAGUGUUACUGUGAUGAAGUGUCUCCAAACAGGCAACACUGAGCAGAGAUUUUUCCCUCACUCGGCUGUUUGUGAAGGAACUGACGAGAGAAUCCCCAUUUUUCUUUUUUUUUAUAGGAAGGAAUAGUUAAUAUUUUGUGCCCCUCCCUAACCCCCUCAUGUCCCACUCCAGCUGUUAUUGAAGUUCCCUGUAUGCGAAAGACUGAGCAACAACCUUCAGCAUUGACGAUCUUUGCCCCGCUGGAUUUUUUCCUUCCUUUUUUGCAAUGAUUCUCAUCGUUUGCUCACAGGAAGUGCAAGGGGACAGUCCGAUCUAUGACGUCAUAUCCAAACACACCUUUUGUCAGGACACAAACAAGCUUAUCUUGGGUGUUUUCCCUCCUUGACGAUAAGGUUACUGCUGGUCACUUAGUUUAUGUCUCUGUAUGGAGAAGCCGUUCGGGCCCCAGUGCUUUUGUCUGAGGUCUGCGUGUGCAGUAGUGCUCGGUGUGUGUCUCUUCUUGCAUCAAGGCCUUGAUGAGUGGCUGUAUUGAAUUCAUGAAAAUAAUUUGUGGCUAUUAUCAAUAUUCUUAUUGAUCUAAAGAAAGAAACGAGCUCUUCGGCCGAUUGAGACGAAUCAGUCGCUUGCAGGCUCGUGUUGGAAAAAGUGCCAAGAGGGCAGCAUUUAAAACGUGUAAACCUGUUGUUAUAAGAACCACUACUUGGAAAUCCUUUCUUUCAAAAAAUAAAAACAACAAAAAAACUUAAAAAAUCACUCGAAGCAUUGUGUAUUCUUAAGUUUUAGAGCUAGUUGAGAAGCUUAACAAUAGUUUCUGUUGUUUCUGUAAGUCUAUGUAAACGUAACUAUGCGACUGCGGUGGUUUAAUAUUAUUACACUCACCUUAGGUGGAGAAACUGUUUACAGAGGCGAUGUUUUGUUACACUAAUGUGCAUCAUGGUAUUUAUGUUUGAGAGCAUAAUGCAUCUUAGUUCUUUAACUCAUACUUUCUGCUUUUUGAGCCCACUUUUUAUUGGAUAUUUUAAAUUUUUCGUUAGUUUUUAUUUAUUUUUCUUUGUCAUUUCUCCCACCCCUGCUUAACUUUUUCCACAACAAAGAACACACGUGUUGUUCAUUUCAGGUAUUCACACAACGCUGCUUCAACAUGGAAACAUUACAGUAACGUUCCUUGCAGGCUUGGACGUGAGGCGACGUGUUUUUUCCUCUGCUGUUUCUGCCGUGCUACUCUAACUUAUGUCCUCUCUGUGUAUGACAGGAAGUCAUGUAUUUUCCUGAAAGUUUUUUGUUUUGUUUUCUUUGAAUAAACUUUAAAAGUAAUUUUAAAACAA